AUGUUGAAUGGUGAUGGUUUGGUUCAAUUAGUCUUGUUUGUGUUGUUAUGUGAAGCUUGGUUAAGUGAUGCGGAGUUCCAACUUACUCGACCUUUCGACCUUUGGAAUCCCUUUGGUACUUCGACCCAAUCCACGAAAAAAGUGUUUACUGAUGAUGUCCUGGUUCGAUUAGCGAUUGGUGAUGUAGUUGGAAAAAAAAUCAUUAUAAAGGAUGUACCAUGGACGUGUGAUCAUGAUCCAUUCGAGCAAAUACCAAUUGAUCGAGAUCAUUUCGAGCCAAAUCCUGUCCCUCCGACAAAUAACGUUACUAUAUUUACAUUCUUAGGUAUACCUUACGCAGAGCCGCCAGUUUCUCAGCGACGUUUUAAGCCGCCUCAACUGUUAACGGAACUGCCUGGUGAUAGACCAUUUUUCGCUUUUUUAUAUCCACCAUCAUGCGCUCAAAAUGUGGAAAAACGUCCAUCAUUAUUUAUUAAUGAUCCAUAUCCAUUUCGUGUUGAUGAAGAUUGUCUUUAUUUGAAUAUUUUUACUCCAAAAGUUAGCUUUACGAUUUUGCGGCUUGAUACAAAUAGUCCAUCUAUCAAUAAAUCAAAAAUGUCAAUGAGAGUUUCUUUUUUUUGUGAAUUUUUUGUUUUUUUAUCUUUAAUUUUGGGAAUUUUUAACGCUUGCGACUUUUUUUUGUGGUCGAAACUUAAAAGUCUACAACUUAAGGUAUCGUCGAUCAUGAAAUAUCCAGUCAUUGUAUUCUUUCAUGGAGGAAAUUUUCAAACAGGAUCAGCAAAUGAAUGGCCCGGACAUGUUCUAUCUUCGCGUGGUAUAGUUGUGGUAACAGUCAAUUAUCGACUCGGUCCAUUCGGUUUCAUGAGCCUUGGAGAUUGGGAAACGGGCAAUUACGGAUUACAGGAUCAGCGCGUUGCACUGAAAUUUGUUCAAAAUCAUAUAUCUUCAUUUGGUGGUGAUCCUUUUGCCGUGACAAUUGUUGGGCAUGAUGCUGGAGCGGUCAGUGUAGGACUGCAUAUGUUGUCGCCUUUGUCUAAGAGUCUUUUUCGUUCGGCAUCUGGUAUGUCUGGAGCUGAAGUUUCUUAUCAUUCUACCAUCGGUAAACCUGCUUUAGCUUUCAAUAAUACCGUCAAAUUAGGUCGAUAUCUUGGUUGCAGUCAAGUUAUAGCACAACAAAUAUGGGAUUGCAUUUUAACGCGUUCAACAAAUGAUAUUAUUGAAGCAGUUGAAACUAUUCCGAUUGAAUAUAAUCGGUAUCUUUUUAUGCCAACAGUUGAUGGCAAAGAAGUUCUUGCUAAUCCGCUUUGGCUAUUGAAUUCCGUACCAUCGGGUUUAAUUAAUUAUCCUUCUCCAGUUCCCUAUUUAACAGGGCUGAAUAGGUUCGAUGGUUCAGAAGUUAUAUUGGAAGAUCGUAAACUCGGAGAAUUCAAUGAUUUUUUGCGUGUAGAUCAAGAAUUUAUGAAUGAUUUCGUGUUGGAAUAUGUAUUCCGACACAAUUACACCAUGAAUCGUGAAGCAACUGUUCAAGCAAUCAAAGAUCAUUAUACAUAUUUUCCGGAUCCAUCAGAUGACAAUGCUGUGAGACAGAAAUUUAUCGAAUUAGCGACAGAUGCAUAUUACACAGCUCCUAUCAGCCUUUCCGCGCAUUUGCAUUCUGCAGCAGGUUCCAGAGUAUUCAUGUAUGUGAAUAAUUACGAGUUUGCGAAUGACGGUAAUUCCUUCUUGCCGAAAUGGAUGAGUGUCUGUCAUGAUUGUGAUCUUUACUUGCUGUUUGGUUUCCCUUUCAUGCCAAAGGAUUUAUUGCCCUUUCAUUUUUCUGAGGUGAAGUGGUCAGUUCAGGAUCGGAAUGCGAGUCAACUUUUUAUGUCCAUUUAUCGGCAGUUUGUCAGGAACGUGAAUCCAAAUUUACCGUUCGAUUCAUCCUGGGCACCACUGGAACCAAGGAGACAUUGGUACAUGGAUUUUAAUUAUUCGUAUCGGUCGGAUAUGAAUACACCUGGAAUAUUAAGACGAGAUUAUCGUUGGGAAAGAGUUUCAUUUUGGAAUAUUUAUUUGCCUUCGCUUGUUCAAUUUAUGACAACAACAUUUUCACCAUUUGAAGUGAAAUUGCGUCGCGAAGUAGUCGCAUAUCAGAUCGGUAUUGGUAUUAUUGUUUGUAUAUUAAUGGUUGUGGCCGUGUUAAUGUGUAUUUUUGGUUAUUUGCUAUUCGAAAGGAGUCCCAAUCGUCUAACUAAUGUUGAACAAAAAUUGUUGAUUAAAAAAAUGCGAGAACCACAUAAAAAUACUUUAAUCGAGAUGAAGUGA